AUGGCGAACGUCAGUGGUUCCCACACUGCGGUCAACCAAAGCUACAACACUGUCAGUGGAGACCAAACUUUGCGACAAAUAGUUCAGCAGAGUUCUGACAUUUUGGAUCAAGAAGAUGAGAUUGAAACCUUAUGGUUGAUUUUCAUAUGCUCGUUCGGCAUCGUGGGCAUCAUCCUGUGUUUGAUGACUCUUUCGUCGCAAACCUACCGCAGGCACUCCAGCUUUGCACUGUUUAUGAUGGCGAUGUGCGGUUCAGACUUGGCUUACAAUUCCAUCAAUUUGAUCGCUAACGUGCUGUACUACUAUGGAUCAGAUUUUCUCGCUCUUUCUGCAACCGCCACCAAGUUCGUCGGUGUUGCAUUUGCUCUGGCAGAUAUGUUCUCUGCUUUCAGUAAUCUGUUGUCGAUCAUACUGUCAUCGGAACGUUUCCUGUCCAUCUAUGCCCCGGUGUGGUACCAUUCGCUGACGGAACGACGCAAAUUCAACAUAUUCUUGAUCAGCGUAACGGCGAGCUUCGUGCUAAGUUCCUUACAUUUGCUGGACUGCUUUAUGUACGUGGCCGAAGCAUACACCAGAAAUGGCACCAUAACAUAUGCGCUGGAAACUACGGAUUCUAUUUUCACUACACAGUACGUAAUAUACAACAUCUUUAUUAAUUUCGUGCUCCCAAUAGCUUCGAUUUCUCUUAUGAUAGUCUUCAGCGUCUUUGUCUGCUGCAAGAUCAGAAGCAGACAUACGUCAUGGAGAAUUCGAUUCAACGGCGGCAACAGAGUCAGUUCUGAGGUUGUAGUUGAGAAGACUUUCUCGUGUUCCCAACAGUCUGCCCAGAGCUCGAAAAUUAAUCUCUUGGUGGCGAUAGUUGCCGUCAUAUUUGUCGCUGAACAGGUUUCCAGAAUCAUGAACAGCGUCAACAUGUUCAUCGUGAUAGAUGAGGACCUUCUUGAAACACAGCCCUUAAGCGAAGAGGGUCAACGAGAAAUAAGGAAGAUUACCUACUUCGCCAUUUCAUCUGCUAUUGAUACACUAGUGAGCUCCGUUUCUCACUCUGCCAGUUUUUACAUAUUUUUCAUGUGUAGUAAGCCUUUUAGAAAAUGUGCGUUACAGCAAAUCUGUGCCAUCUGUACCAAACAUUAA